CGACAUGCUACAGGUGGGGGAGAAGUUGAGCACUGUCGAGUCUUACCACAGCAACAAUACGCGAACCCCAUGAGACUGUCACAGAGAUGACAAGGAAUACAACAAGCGCAGUAAGCCACUUGCUAUUGCGCUAGACAUUUAGGUGGCCUACGUCUUCGGGCUGUCAAAUGUGUUUACUUUUUGCGCUCAUCAAGGAGUUACUUUAUAUGUUAUAUCCAGUGCUUGCUAAACCUGUAAACAAUGAAUAACGAAGCCCUUCGACCGACUCCACAAGCUGGACGUGUUAAAGGUAAACUCGCCACCCGUCUGGAGGAGGUGAAGAACCCAUGGCGACAGACAUCUACACUGGAGCUCAGUCACAAUGAAACGGCCAGGUUGGCAACCGACGCUUUACUUGAGUCAGGGGAGAAGGAGUAUCGAAGGGUCCUUGCACAAGAAAAAGAACUGAGCUUUCUGUCUCCGCUUGAAAUUCGCUACAUUGAAGAUAAUGUCAACAAGAACGCUCUCCCCGAAAGCACCACCAAUGGCAAUGACAGGGACUUUGUAGACACAGUGUCCGAGAUGACUUCGGGUACUUAUUUUCCCAUGAUGUCUGACGACGAGCCACCUAUACUUGAGCUGGGCUGGCCUGAACCUCCACACCGGUUUGGACCCUCGGAAACACAGAUUUACUUUCAGAGAGACAAAACGCAAAAUAUUAAAGAUUUAAUACGCUCUCUCAUUAAUAAGGCGAAGAAAGUUAUCGCCUUGGUAAUGGACAUCUUCACGGAUGUAGAUUUGUUCUGCGAUCUUAUUGAGGCUGCAAACAAAAGGAAAGUUCCUGUUUAUAUUCUACUGGAUGAGAAGAACCUGGAAUAUUUCAUGGACAUGUGCAGCGCACUGGAGAUUCACAACUCCCAUUUGACCAAUUUGCGAAUCCGCAGUGUCUGUGGGGACACGUACUGCACCAAAAGUGGUAAAAAGUUCACUGGACAGGUUCAAGAAAAAUUUAUGAUUAUUGACUGCGAGGAAGUGCUUGCUGGCUCCUACAGCUUCACCUGGUUGUCAGCACAAAUCCACAGCAACAUGCUCCUUCACUUCUCCGGUCGAAUAACGGAAAGCUUCGACCGAGAGUUCCGCUGCCUCUACGCAGACUCUCAGGUGCUGGAGUGCUUCGCCAACGCCGAUGACGACGACGGCCCCUACUACCCUCCCCAACCCCCUCCCAGUUACGGAUACGAUUUAAUGCAGGACAGGGCAAACAGGGCUAACCUUUCGGAGCACUCAAGCAGCCCAUCCGGCAGCAGCAUGUCCAGCGUCAAGGCCGCUCCCGGGAGGCCCGCCACCGUAUAUAAGGUCAGCCAGGACAAGAAGCAGCAGGUCAACAAUGUCCCGAAAGUGCCCGACAGACGCAUUGGCCAGAGCCCGGUGCCAGCGUCACCAAUGCUGUCCACGGGCGGCCACCUGAUGCGCGGCUCGCCCAACGGCUCCGGCCAGGCCGUCUUGCACGAGCGCCCGUCCCUCGGCCCCACCACUGGCAUGGAGUGGGCCAAGGCGGGCACGCCAGAGUUCCUCAGGGCCAAUCUAGGAGGCCCCAUCAGCAAGUUCCAGGCUCUGGGCCUGUACGACCACAAGAACUACUUUGGCGCCCAGCAGAAGCCUCAGCCCGUGGAGAACAAGUACCUGCCCAAACCAGCGGCCCCAGGGAACCUUUUCAACAAAUUGACAGAUCUCUUCAGCGGGUCCAACAAAGACAGCGCACCCAACAAGGACCCGUACAUCUACAGGAGGUCGCCCACUCAAAGCACAGCCUAUGGAGGUCCAGACCUAUCCCAGAAUGAGCCAGAAAGUAGACAGGUUUUGCCACCGCCUGCCCCCGUACCUAAAGAGGUCCUUGGCAGUGACCACCGUGGCAUAAGCCGUGGGGAUGAAAAGCGCAUGACUCUGGGCCACAGCAAACUGGACUUGGUUAACCAGUACAACAAGAGGACCAAACCAGUGUACAGUCGCUUUGAAUUAAAAAGCAACAACUGAACCAAAGCCUGUCAGAGAUGAUAUCUCUUUCAGAGUCUCGGAGAGAAGCACGCUUUUUUGAUGUUAGUGUGAGUGUGUGUGCUUUAAAAGGCUGAAUGUUGUAGGGCACUGACUUUGUAUGGGUCUUUGUUCUCACAGCUGGUGGAGGACACUGAGACAGAGGGCCAUACAGCACAUGCCCAGGUUGUCAUGGUGGCAUGGAGAUGUUUGGAUCCCUUUCAGCCGUUCGUGUUCACAGCGGACAGGCUGUGACUGUUUUUUUUUAUACAUUUUCACGAAAGAUGUGCCUGUUUGUAUACUGUAAAAAAAAAAACAUACCGGUGCAAAUAUUUGCUUAAUUCUCAGAACAUGUUUUUUUUUUAAUUUGCUGCACAUCAUCGGUACUUCAUCAGCUGGCAUAGCAACUGCAUUUCUGACUCACAAGAUGGUUGUGGCCACUGUGGAAGCAGUGCAUCCUUUAAAACAAACCUACAGUUCCUUUUUUUACAGUAUUCAUUCUAAAAACUGUUUUCUUACCAAGCCAACAGUUAUUUUUUUUAUUUAACACUCCAAUGAUACAGUCCAGAGCACUACAAUACAAUACAAACAGGGUCUUUGUCUGUUGGCACAGGACACCACUGACGUGAGGCUCAUCUUUUUGCUGCUCAGUGUUAUAGUUCAUUUUUACUGGGAUCUUGUAUUCCCAGACUCCUGGUCUUCCCUGUGCGCAGAGGUGUUAUUUUUAGACAUACUGUGAUAAGCUUGUGAGACAGACAAGUGCAUUAAGGUGGACAUGAGGAGAACGUUUGUACUGAUUGUAUAGAGUUACAUUAGAUGGGGAAUGGCAAUUAAGUAAUUAGGCAUGGAAAGACCUAUCUACUUUCCAUGGCAGUCAGAUGCCAAAUGCCUAUUGGAUUCCCCACCCACACAUUCCUUUUACUACUUCUUCUUGUAAAUAAUAAGAAGGGCUCUAGUUGCAAGUACUAAGAGGGGCUAUUAAUGUGAAUUUUGCUGAAGCACUAAAAACGCCCAAAUGCAGUUGUGUAAGGUGCUGGCAUCAGUAUGAUGGAGUAGUCUCCUGAUGACAGUGGUAAAAGUAUCAGCCCUCAUGAGUUUCUGAAAACAAACUAGUGACUCAGAUCUAUUAUUAAGCAGGAUCUGCUGGUGAAGUCCCCGUCUAUAUUAACUGUCUUGUCUGGAUUGGAAUUGUGUAUGUGUAUGAGUCAUCAUGGAAAGACAUGAGUCUCAUGGACAAAAAUAAGCCAUUUAUACCAGGUUGCCAGCAAUAUUUUAAACUGUAGAAUUUUUAUAUGCAUGGUGUGUGUUUUGAAUAUUUACACCAUUUGAUAACUGUAACAUUGCAUCAUACUUGUCUACAAUAAAAUGUAUUAUUUUGGGAUUAUAUAAACCCAGCAAAAAUGCUCAGUGAGCCUCUUCCAAGGGCACGUAUACUAUGUCUCAUAACAAACGUUAACUGCAAUAAAACCUUUUGAGUAGCAUUCUUUACU